AUGGACCGUGAGUUCUUGGCCACCGUAAAGCUUGGCGACGGCAGCGAGUUCCACGGCGAGAGCAUCUACCAGCCGCAGGGAUUCUCAUCGAAGAAGUAUCCUCUCGUGUUCCCUGGCGGCGCUUCCACCUUAUGUCUCAACGGUUCCCUUAACGGUAUCGACGUGAAGGGAAAGAUUGUGCUCUGUGACCGCGGCAUCAACGGGCGGAUCGAGAAGGGGGAAGUCGUCAAGCAAGCCGGUGGCGCCGGCAUGGUGCUUGUCAAUGCACCGAAAGACGGCUACAGCACUAUCGCCGAUCUCCACGUACUGCCGGCGUCGCACAUUCCCUAUGCCUUUGGACAUAAGAUCAAGGCUUACAUCAACUCAUCCUCCCUCCCGACGGCCACCAUUGUCUUCAAAGGCACCAUUACCCAUGUGCCCCACUCUCCGGCGAUAACUUCCUUCUCCUCCCGUGGGCCUAGCCAAAAUACACCGGGGAUCCUCAAGCCCGACAUCACCGGCCCUGGUGUCAGCGUCCUUGCUGCUUGGAACACACAAAUAUUCAAUGUCAUCUCCGGCACCUCUAUGUCCUGCCCCCAUCUCUCCGGCAUCGCCGCCCUUAUCAAGAAAGCCCAUCCCGACUGGUCGCCCGCAGCUAUCAAAUCUGCCAUAAUGACGACGGCCUACGUAAAAGAUAACACCAACAACCCCAUCUUUGACGAGAGGAACCUUCCAGCCGACCUCUUCGCGGUGGGAGCCGGCCACGUCAUGCCUCUAAAGGUCCUUGACCCGGGACUCAUCUACGACAUCUCUCCGACGGACUAUUAUCCAUACCUUUGCGGCCUUGGCUACAGUGUCUCCGACGUGAGAAUCAUCGUCCACCGCAAAAUCAACUGCUCGUCGAUCAAGAGCAUCCCAGAAGGAGAGCUCAACUAUCCUUCCAUCACCGUCCGACUGCCGACGAAUGAGGCAAGGACGGUGACCUUCACAAGGACCGUGACCAACGUCGACAAGGCAGCAGCGACUUACUACGCAAAGUUAGACGUGCCCGACGUGGUUUCGGCACGUGUAGUUCCGAGAAGCUUAACCUUCGAGAAGGUUAAUGAAAAGAAGAGCUUCAAGAUUAGUUUCAAGCGAAGGAGUGACUAUGGGGCGUCGUCACCGACUGUUGAAGGGCAAUUGAUGUGGGUUUCCCAGGCGAGGAGUGUGGUCAGAAGUCCAAUCUCCAUCAUCCUGGAGUGA